AUGGGCCCCACCAGGUACCCCAGAUGCCUUCACUAGAAGUCCAUAUGAUUGGACCACCAUAUCCACCACUCUGAGAGGUCAAGGUUCAGCAGGAGUCAACACAUCUGUAUGGACCCAGCCACCAUCCUCCCGACCACCACCAGUUCCUACCCGCCCCUGGCAACUGGCUCCUACCAGUCCCUGGCAACCGGCUCCCUCCAGUCCCUGGCAACUGGCUCCCUCCAGUCCCUGGCAACCAAGUUCAGUUCCUACCCGUCCCAGGCAACCAAGUCCAGUUCCUACCCGUCCCAGGCAACCAAGUCCAGUUCCUACCCGUCCCAGGCAACCAAGUCCAGUUCCUACCCGUCCCUGGCAACCAAGUCCAGUUCCUACCCGUUCCAGGCAACCAAGUCCAGUUCCUACCCGUCCCAGGCAACCAAGUCCAGUUCCUACCCGUCCCAGGCAACCAAGUCCAGUUCCUACCCGUCCCAGGCAACCAAGUCCAGUUCCUACCCGUCCCUGGAAACCAAGUCCAGUUCCUACCCGUUCCAGGCAACCAAGUCCAGUUCCUACCCGUCCCAGGCAACCAAGUCCAGUUCCUACCAGUCCCAGGCAACCAAGUCCAGUUCCUACCCGUCCCUGGCAACCAAGUCCAGUUCCUACCCGUCCCUGGCAACUAAGUCCAGUUCCUACCAGUUCUUGGCAACCAAGUCCAGUUCCUACCCAUCCCAGGCAACCAACUCCUACCCGGCCACCAUCAGUCUCUACCCAUCCCUGGCAACCAGCUCCCACCCGUCCCUGGCAACCAGCGCCUACCCGGCCACUACUGCCAAUUCCUACCCGGCCCUGGCAAACAGCCACUACCCGCCCUCGGCCACCACUGCCAGCUCUUACUCGUCCCUGGCAACCAGCUCCUACCCAUUCCCCACCACCAGCCCCUACCCAGCCACCAACAGCUCCCAUGCAGCCAACACCACCACCAGUCUGCCAUGCUGCCGUCUGUCUUAACGGUGGGACCUGCCAUGAGCUGCAGAGGCCCAGUGGAGCUCUGUCCUUCUACUGCGACUGCCCCCUACACUUCACUGGACGCUUCUGUGAGAAAGAUACCACAAUAUUCAUCCCCUCGUUCAACGGCACAUCGUACUUGGAGCUGCCUCCCCUUGGCUCUCUGCUGCAGUCUCCUGGUGCCAGCGCAGAUCCCUCUCACCCUGCCAAAGACACCACUGUUACCCUGUAUCUGACUGUCAAAACCAGAGCUACACAGGGCACCAUCC